CUGUCUGCUAGCCAAUCAGCUGAGAUGCUGCAGGCUGUUGGGGGCAUCCCGCAUAUAUUUUCAUUAUUAUUAAUUUGACUCAAUGUUGUAAUUUUUUUUUAGAAAAUUGAUAUUAGAUUCUGAUAAGUCUGCUUUAAUACACUCUGCAGUAAUGUGUUUCUUCGAAUCAUUCGAUUUCGUUUGAUAGACGAUGCCGCUCUGACAAGAGUUGUCUUUUAUUGACUGCGCGUUACAAGAGAUCAAAGAUGGAGAGACAGCUCGCGACUGAUGAAGCUGAAGAUGACAAGUCGUCUGAUCGGUCUCAGUCCAUCACCAACCCGAACUACUGCGGUCCGGAGGAGGAGGAGAGCCAGGUGGCCGUGGUUCAGCAAAUGCAGUGUUUGGAUGAAGGGAACCUAAUAAUCCUCUAUUGUAACCGAGAUUUCAUGUGCUCAUUUAGCGGAGUCAUGAGACUAUUUCAAGUGCUGCUGUCCUUGUUUUGCUUGCUGGCAGUUGUGACCUCCCCUGGAGUAGACGGGGGUGAUUUUUUGUCCCUUCCUCAGAGUUGGCAUUUACGGAUCCUGGUGUUUGUGAUUGUGUGGACCUCCCUCAGCAAUCUAAGUAUUUGGGGGAUCAAAGUGACCGGAACUGACCAAAUGCUUCCUGUUAACUGGUGGCUUCUGGACUUUUUACUGUAUACCAUGUUUUCACUGUCAUACCUCAUUUCCACGUCUGUUGUUGCUAAUUAUAUCGAACAUCUAAAAUUAAUGGAAAUGGACUUGCCAAGAGAUUUAUCCAAAAAGUUCCUUGUAUCUGUUGGGGCAUACAUGUUUCUGAGGCAUUUCUUGUUUAAAACACAUUGGUGUCUUCAGGAACUUGUGGCCAGGUUCAGCAGCUGUUUACCCUGUGCAUCUCCUAGAUUCUGAAAAAUCUCAUUUUGGUACGGUGUACUUUCUCUCUUCCUAUUACAUUUCACUGAAUUCUUCCAAGGUUGGCGGUCUUUUUUAAGUAAGUUAUAUAGAUGUAUCAUAUUUUAGGUGUAUUUUAUUAGUAAGGUGUGUAGAUUCCUAAUAUAUAUGCAAGGAAUUCAUUGUCAAAUAACCACUAACAAAAUAAAAUUACUCUCUUUUAUUUUUAUAUUCCUAAUAUAUUUGUAAAACAAAUCAACAAAUUACUCGUGAUGUCAUAUUCUCGUUAUUUGAUGUCAACAAGUCAUUUUGCGAUAUUCAGUACGUACAUAAAAUGAGGAAUCUACAGUUUAUAGAUGUGUGAUAUUUGAGGUGUAUUUUAUUCGUGAGUCAUUACGAUGCAUCAUGUUUUUGUUGUAUUUUAUUCGUGAGUCAUUAUGAUGUAUCAUGUUUUUGGUGUGUUUUAUUCGUAAGUCGUUACGAUGUACCAUGUUUUUGGUGUAUUUUAUUCGUUAGUAGUUAUGAUGUACCAUGUUUUUGAUGUAUUUUAUUCGUGAGUCAUUACGAUGUAUCAUGUUUUUGGUGUGUUUUAUUCAUGAGUCAUUACGAUGUAUCAUGUUUUUGGUGUAUUUUAUUCUUGAGUCAUUAUGAUGUACCAUGUUUUUGGUGUAUUUUAUUCGUGAGUCGUUAUGAUGUAUCAUGUUUUUUGUGAAUUUUAUUUGUGAGUCAUUAUGAUGUACCAUGUUUUUGGUGUAUUUUAUUCGUGAGUCGUUAUGAUGUAUCAUGUUUUUGGUGUAUUUUAUUCGUGAGUAGUUACGAUGUAUCAUGUUUUUGGUGUAUUUUAUUCGUGAGUCGUUAUGAUGUACCAUGUUUUUGGUGUAUAUUUAUGCCCCCCUUCAAAGAAGAGGGGCAUAUUGGUUUGCACCUGUCGGUCGGUAGACCACAUGUUGUCCGCUCAAUAUCUUGAGAACCAUUCACUUGAUGAUAAUGAUAUUUCAUUUGUGGGUUGGUUAUGAAUAGAAGAGGACCCCUAUUGUUUUUCAGGUCAAAACGUCAAAGGUCAAGGGUCAAUCUACUUUGGACUUAGGAAUAUAAUGUCCGCUCAAUAUCUUGAGAACCCUUUGCUUGACAGACAUCAAACUUGGCACACUGGUACAUCAUAAGGAAUAGAUGACCCCUAUUGAUUUUGAGGUCAUAUGGUCAAAGGUCAAACUGGGCAUAAGAAUAUACUGACCAUUCAAUGUCUAGAGAACCCUUUGCUUGACAGACAUCAAACUUGGUACACUGGUAAGUCUUCAAGAGAAAAUUAUCUCUAUUGAUUUUGAGGUCCCAUGUUUAAAGGUCAAGGGUCAACCUGGACAUUGGAAUAUACUGUCCUUUCAAUAUAUUGAGAACCCUUUGCUUGACAGACAUCAAACUUAGUACACUGGUGUAUAUUCAGGAGAAGAUGACUCCUAUUGAUUUUGAGGUCACAUGGUCAAAGGUCAAACUGGACAUAGUAAUAUACUGUCCACUCAAUAUCUUGAUAACCCUUUUGCUUGACAGACAUCAAACUUAGUACACUGGUAUAUCUUUAGGAGAAGAUGACCCAUAUUGCUUUUGAGGUCAAAGGUCAAUAGUUGAACUGGACAUAGUAAUAUAUUGUCUCCUAUAUUUUAAGAAUUAUUUGCUUGAUUGACACCAAACUUGGUACACUGGUACAGCAUAAGGAGUAGAUGACCCCUAUUGAUUUUUAGGUCACAUGGUCAAUCCACUGUUGACAUAGGAAGAUAUUGUCUGCUCAAUAUUUUGAAUUGAUGAUACUACUAUCAAUUAGAUGAUGUUUGUGUAUAACCCUUUUCAAUUUUGCACCAUGGGGGGCAUAUGUGUUUUACAAACAUCUCUUGUUUAUUUUUGAGUUGUUACGAUGUAUCAUGUUUUUGGUGUAUUUUAUUUUUGAGUAGUUACAGUGUAUCAUGUUUUUGGUGUAUUUUAUUCAUGAGUCGUUACGAUGUAUCAUGUUUUUGGUGUAUUUUAUUCGGGAGUAGUUACAGUGUAUCAUGUUUUUGGUGUAUUUUAUUCGUGAGUAGUUACAGUAUAUCAUGUUUUUGGUGUAUUUUAUUUGUGAGUUGUUAUGAUGUACCAUGUUUUUGGUGUAUUUUUAUUUGUGAGUCGUUACGAUGUACCAUGUUUUUGGUGUAUUUUAUUCAUGAGUCAUUACAAUGUAUCAUGUUUUUGGUGUAUUUUAUUUGUGAGUUGUUAUGAUGUACCAUGUUUUUGGUGUAUUUUAUUCAUGAGUCAUUACGAUGCAUCAUGUUUUUGGUGUAUUUUAUUCGUGAGUAGUUACAAUGUAUCAUGUUUUUGGUGUAUUUUAUUUGUGAGUUGUUAUGAUGUACCAUGUUUUUGUGUUUUUGGUGUAUUUUAUUCAUGAGUCGUUACGAUGUAUCAUGUUUUUGGUGUAUUUUAUUCGUGAGUAGUUACAGUGCAUCAUGUUUUUGGUGUAUUUUAUUUGUGAGUCGUUAUGAUGUACCAUGUUUUUGGUGUAUUUUAUUCGGGAGUAGUUAUGAUGUACCAUGUUUUUGGUGUAUUUUAUUGGUUCAGUGUAUUGAUGUAUUGUUUCAGGUGUUGGGGUAUCUGUGUGUCCUGUGUUAUGGACUGACAGCGUUUAUUGGGUACAGAAGAUGGAGGAUACAAUGUCAUUUAUUUAAGCGCAGGAAACUGCUGGAAUCGGAGGAAUUCAUGGAAGCUCUCUGACUGAUUCUGGAUACUCUUCAUUAACCAGUAUUUUUCUUUUUCUAAGAAAAAAUUUGAUUUAUUAAGUCAGUUUGCUAAGUGUAUGGCAUCAGAUUUGGUUAUAAUUUGUAAGUUGCAUCAGCUUCUGAAAUUUUUCCACAGUUUUGAUAAUAGUCUGAAUCUCCUUUAUAAGGACUUGCAGUCUACUCCACUUAUACUGAAGUCUCUUAAAUUGAACUAUCCAUUAUACUGAAGUCACUUAUAUUGAACUAUCUGUUAUAUUGAAGUGACUUACAUUGAACUUAUAUCUGUUAUAAUGAAGUCACUUGUAUUGAACUAUCUGUUAUAUCAAAUUCACUUAUAUUGAACUAUCUGUUAUAUUGAAGUCACUUAUAUUGAACUAUCCGUUAUACUGAAGUCACCUAUAUUGAACUAUCUGUUAUAUUGAAGUCAUUUAUAUUGAACUAUCUGUUAUAUUGAAGUCACUUAUAUUGAACUAUCUGUUAUAUUGAAGUCACUUAUAUUGAACUAUCCGUUAUACUGAAGUCACUUAUAUUGAACUAUCUGUUAUAUUGAAGUCACUUAUAUUAAACUAUCUGUUAUAUUGAAGUCACUUAUAUUGAACUAUCUGUUACACUGAAGUCACUUAUAUUGAACUAUCUGUUACAUUGAAGUCACUUAUAUUGAAUUAUCUGUUAUAAUGAAGUAAAAAUUAAUCCCUGAUAACAUUAUUUUAUACAGUUAAACAUUGAAUUUUGGAUAUAAUGAACAAUUCAUUUCAGGUCAGUCCCCUGAGUUCAGUAUAUCUGUAGUAGAGAGUAUAAAAUUUAGACUUCUCCAUUCUUAAAAUGAUAUAUAUAUGUACUAUUUAUUGAUGCAACAUUUUAGGAUUUUUUACAUGAACAAUUUAUUUGUGUUGAAAUCACAGGUAGUUAAAUCCCUUCGGUUUGAAUUUACUAUUACAGAUUACUCUUUGAUAGUAAAUUUGAAUCCAAGUGAUUGCAAUUGCCUGUGGUUGAAAUCGCACAUCAAAAAAUACAGGCAUAGACAAUCAGGAAAUUAAAACAUUGUUGAAGAAAUUUCCACAUGGGAAGUAUAGUAGAGGUAACUAUAUUUAGAUUAAAGAAACUAUGAAUGAAAUCUUCCUUAUUAAGGGUGACCAUGGUUUUGGGUUGUUUGAACUGCAGCGACACCCUGAAUAUUUUUAUCAAAUCUCCAUCAAUCAAUUUUUUUGUAAGGAAAGCUAAAAUGCAUUUGUUUCUCUCAAAAUACAAUGUACAUGUACUCUAAUAAAAAAAAAAAAUGAAAUGGUGCUUCACACUUGUAUUUUGAUUACAUUUAAGAAAUGAACAUCACUUUUGUCAGAGCUGCGAUUCACAGAGAAUUUGCCUCAAAUCCAAAUCCGUUCAUAUUGACCAUGAACAGCUCAAAAGUGAUGUUCAUUUCUUAUAUUUAUAUUCAGUUACUAAAACACCGUUUGUUUACAUUGCUUCUAUUUUGUUGCAUAAAACAAACUCCUAGCCUCUGUCACAGUAGUUAUUGUGACUUACAUCAACACAUAGACAUGACGUCACAUUUCGUCUCGCCCUGCCUUUUAGCUUUUAUCAACAUUGCAAGGUGCACUGUAUUUUGGAGGUAGGAGACCGCAAGAUUGGGAUGAUAAUCCACGUAAGUUUACAAUCUUAAUCCAAAGGUGUGACUUGCGAGAUCUUUGUAACAGAUGUUCUAUUUUUUUCAAACCAGUCCGCUCUCUCGGUCACGUGCUUUAAGCUAGUUCAUAAUCCGUUCAUAGUCGAUGUGAACGGAUUGUGUCGCACACUGAAAUUGGUUGGUUCAUAGAGGAAAAUGUGAUUUGCAAUAUAAAUAUGAUAUAUUUUACUGAUAUUUUUUCUGCAAUAUACUAGUUUGGGAAAGAGCCUGUCUGUAUUUUGAAGAGGUCAGACAUUUGAUUGCAGACUUAUUUUAUGGAUGCUAGCUGUAUUCAUGUACAUAUAUAUUUAUAAGAAAAUGCAUUGAACAUGUAAUUUUGAAUAAAAACAAAAAUUGAAAGAAAAAAAACCCAAACCAACAAACUCAAUUUUGCUUGUGUAUUAUUUUGCAUGUAAUUUAUGGCUUUGUUGAAUAUGAUGCAAAUUCUGUUUUUAUUUCAGAUUAUUUUUCAAUAUGAAAUUAGAGGAGCAUACAUUCACUCAUACAAAUUCUAGCAGCUUGAUACACCUUAUACACAAGUUUGUUCUCAUGUCUGACCUAUUCUUUAGAAAAGUGGACAUACAUAGCCUACAUAAGCUAUGUCUUUCCACUUCUCUAAAGAGAAUACUGCCUGACCAAGUCUGUUUUAGCCUGCACAUGCUUGUAUGUAAAUGAUAGAAAAUAUUUAUACUGAAGUUCUUUCCUCCUAUUGAAAUGUGAAAAUUUUAAUAUCAUUGUCGACUUGUAUACAUAUAUAUUUAAUGAAGUUUUCUAUUUGUAUGGGUACCUGUGUAGAUUAGAAGUUUUCUAUUUGUAUGGGUACCUGUGUAGAUUAGAAGUUUUCUAUUUGUAUGGGUACCUGUGUAGAUUAGAAGUUUUCUAUUUGUAUGGGUACCUGUGUAGAUUAGAAGUUUUCUUCAAAGAAUCCAUCCACAGCUGUUACUAAAGGUGUUGUUUUGAAUAAUGAGGUAUUUCUUUUCUUGGGUGAAGAUCACCUUUUGACAUAGGAAUUAGGAAAAUUAUAGUGUAUUCUAAUAAUUUCUUUUUUUUUUUUUUUUUUUUUUUUAACACUUUUCAGAUGUAGACACUUGUAUAUAUUAUUUAUAUUGUUGAUUCAAGAAUGGUUAUAAUUUUACAUUGUUAUUUGCUGAUAUUGUAUACAUAUGUGAGUAUUACUGUGUGUUUGUUUCUGACAGUCCCUGUGUUUUUCAUUGUGCCAUUUAUCUUUUUACAAAUAAAUAUUUCCAAUAAAUGAAAUUAAUGAUC